GCUAGAUCAAAUGUGCUACCAGAUAAUUGUCUUUGAUGUCCCACCCAAGCCCCCUCAACCUGCAGCAGUUUGUUCCAAGCUACUAGCUAGCUAGCCAGUCAUAUUCGACUGGUAACACCCCCACACCCAUCGGAAACACACCAACCCCCUACUGGUAACAGUGAUCGGAUCUCGGGUAACUGACACCCAACUGCCGCCAACUCCCUGGGAGAAACCUGGAAUGCUGGGGAUUCCAGGUCCAAUUCCAAGUAGAGUGUCGUACAAUUGCUCUUCAAAUUGAACCAGACUUCCGGUUUCAGGGUAGUGCACUUCUAGCACUCCAGUGUGCUGCCGAAGAUUACAUGGUUGGCUUGUUUGAAGAUUGCAACCUCUGUGCUUUGCACGCAAAGAGAGUUACAAUUUUUACCUCUGACUUGAGGCUAACACUACAGAUCCGCGGUGAUUGGGCCAAGUGGACAUCCAACCUCAAGAAGGUACUAAACGAUGCAAGCAGUAGGAAUGCUAGGGUUGCAGCUGAGAAAGCUGCAAAGGCUGCAAGGAAAGCAGGCAUGAAAGCUGCCGCUGCUAGAGCCACGGAGGAAGCCCGCAGCAGGGCCAGGGCCACAGAGGAAGAGGAACAUGCUGCUAGGGCCAGGGCCCAAGAGGAAGAGGAAGCCCAGGAGGAAGAGGAACAGGCCAAUGCAGCAGAGGCUACAAAAAAGAGAGCUGAGGAGGAGGAAAUGGAAAUUGCAAGGAAACGUGCCGCCCGUAUGGAAAGGCGGGAGGCUUUGGAAAUGUCCAAAGCAAAGAAAGUUUAACACCCAGUUCAAGGGCCCAGUAUGUGUAGCAUGUGUAGCGAACCACAAGGACAACUUGGAAACCUAAUAUGUUAAAAGUGAAUUUUAAAAGUGAACC